CCUAAAGGGUGUGGAGGGCACAGAGGAAGGAAGGGAGAGCAGGGGAGGGCGGCAGAGAGAGCCACAGGGAGGCAGACACCGACACCUAGCCAGUAACUGUGAGUGCAGGAGAGAGGGAGAGACAGACAGCCGGCUUUCAAUGGGCAGGUCUCUGUGAAGCGCAGCCUACCUGUUGGAGCUCAUUGCGGGAGACUACCGUGCCGGACCCACGCUGAUCUCGGAUCUGCGGGAAAACCCAUUGCACUUGCGUGGCAUGAACAGCCCAAACAUGUCUCCCAGACUAUUGCUGUGCGCAGUUUUGGCUGUGUACCACGGGACGCAAACCUGCAGUGGAUUUAACAUAGAUGAACGGUUUCCUGUGAUCAAAGAGGGGAAAACCAAAGGGAGCUUCUUUGGAUUCUCAGUCGCUCUGCAUCACCAGACGGAGGGCUCCCGAAAGUACAUGCUUCUUACAGGAGCACCCAAAGAGAAAGCCAAUUCUCUACCAAACGUCAAUGAAACAGGUGCCGUCUACUCCUGUCCCAUUACAACAGAAACCACAGACUGCUCCAGAAUGGACCUGGUCAGCACAACAAAUCCAUCUGAGAUGGUGGAGGGCAUGUGGCUUGGUGUGACGGUGGCCAGUCAGAGAGACCAGCCGGCAGGACGCGUGCUGGCAUGCGGGCAUCGCUAUGUAAAGAUCAUCCAAGGUGGCAACGAGGAGCAGCGACGGAUGACAGGAAAGUGUUAUGUCAGGGGCAACGACCUGACCUAUGACCCCAAUGAUCUCUGGCAAGAAUACAAUUAUGAGGUCUGCAACCCCACCUUUGACAUUGAGUAUGAGGGCAUGUGCAACAUGGGCAUCUCAGCCGGCAUGACAGACACUGAUGUGUACAUCGGUGCUAUAGGCAGCUACUUGUGGCAAGGAAAUGUUCAUGUAACGUGGAGGGAUCCAGAUCCAGCGAAUGCCUGGGACACCUCAAGCAAAAACUUUGGACAGCUGAACAAACGAUACAGUUAUAUGGGUUACUCAGUUCUUGAGGAGAAGAAGCUGCUGAGCCGUGACGAAUACACAGUGGUGACAGGGGCUCCCAGGAAAGAUUCCAAGGGCUCUGUGAUUUUUGGGAGAAAGGCUGUGGACGGCCUCAAGCCAGUGCUCAUUAUCCCCGGGGAACAAGUGGGCUCGUACUUUGGAAACAGCCUGGCUGUCACCGACCUCAACAAUGACGACUGGAAUGAUCUGAUCGUGGGAGCCCCAUUCUACUUUGACCGUAUGAAGGAUGAGGGAGGAGCAGUGUAUAUUUACAUGAAUGAGAAUGGAUCAUUCCAAAAGACUGCCACCAUGGUGCUGAAGGGUCCAUCGGCCUCUGCAUUCGGCAUAGCAGUGGCAGCCAUCGGCGAUAUCAACCAAGAUGGAUUCCAAGACUUUGCAGUUGGAGCUCCAUUCCACGACACAGGAAAGGUCUACAUAUGGAUGGGAAGUAAAAAGGGAAUCUCAAAGGAGCCCAGUCAGGUGAUCGAGGGGAAGUCAGUGGGAAGUGGAGGAUUCCGCACCUUCGGCUACUCCAUCAAUGGAGGGAUGGACAUGGAUGACAACAGUUACCCAGACAUCUUGGUUGGCUCUUUGGACGACCGCGUGGCCCUGCUCAGGGCUCGACCAGUCGUCCACUUAACUACUGACUUCGAUGUCAAGCCAGACAUUGUAGACCCAAAUCAGUGUGGGAGCUCACCAUGCAUCACAGCGACUCUGUGUAUGUCUUUCACUCUGAGCAAUGGAAACAAAGACUUUAAGAAAAAUGCCACGGUGAAGUACACGGUGGAGGCCGACGUGCUGAGGAUAAGAAGCGCUCGUGUUCGUUUUAAGGACAGUAAUGAUGACACAUACACCGGCUCCCUGAACCUGCCAUCCUCCAAAACCAAGUGUCAAACUCUGAAACUAUUUGUAGUGACGCCUUUGAGGGACAAACUGGAGCCAGUGAUCUUUAACCUCAGCGUGUCCUUACAUGAACAAAAACCUAAAGCAAGACGCUCCCUGCAGAACCUGGACUCGUACCCAAUCCUCAGCCAGGAGCAGAAAGUCACCGAAAGAGCUGAGAUUCACUUUCAGAAGGAGUGUGGUUCAGACAACAAAUGUAGCAGCAACCUGCAGCUGACGGCCCAGUUUGGCGAUGAACAUGAAAAUCCUUACCCCAGGCAAGGGAAAUUCCAGAAACUUCAGUUCAACAGCUCUGUAAAGAUAAUAGCGAUGAUGGUGGAGGUUACCAACUUUCCUGCUCCAGGGAAGCUGGCUGAAGACGCCCACCAGGCCACGCUCAACAUCACCAUCCCUAAUGCACUGAGUUACUCUGGCGUCAGGGCCUUGGACCACGACGUACAGUGCCGUUUGGAUGACACAGUGAUUUGUGAGCUGGGGAAUCCACUUAAAGGCAACGAAAAGGUCGCACUAACCCUCAGGUUUGAGACCUCAGGGAUCGAUUUGUACACAGACGAGAUUGAGUCCCAGCUGCUUCUGUCCACUGUUAGUGAGCAGAGUGACCUGAAGCCUGUGCCUGUGGCCCUGCUGAUUGAAAACACCAUCAACCCUGCCUUCUCCAUAGCAAAACCGCUGGUGUCAACAGAAUUUAGUGGGACGGUGAUGGGCGAGUCAGCCAUGGUCAACACCAGUGACGUGGGCAGUCUGGUGGAGUUCACCUUCGAAGUGGACAUGCUGGGACAGCCCCUGGGAGACAUGGGGACUCUGGCUGUGGAGUUUGAGUGGCCCUUUGAGGUAGCCAACGGCAAGUGGCUGCUGUACCUGACGGAGAUUGUUGUUAAAGGGCAAUCGGAGACGGAAUGUAACUCUACUGAACGAGUUGUCAACGUGCUUAACCUAACGUUGUCAGAGAGCGGGCGAAAACGUACUAAACGACAGAUCGUGGUGGAUGAUGUCGACGAUACAACAAAGCCACAUAUUAAUGAGCCACAGGCAGCCAUCAAGCUGCUCACGCCUCGCAGAGAGACCUACCUGUUGGAGUGCUCCAAGGGGACAGCUCGGUGCGUGACAUUUAGCUGCCCGCUGUACAACGUGACGGACAAAGCUAAGAUUUACGUCCGGUCCCGUUUGUGGAACAGUACGAUGCUAGAGGACUAUCCCAAUGCCCUGAGAAUUACAGUCAGAGGUCAAGCCACACUGAAGCUCAAUACAGAUAAACCAACCAUUAGGAUGGAGAGAAAGACUGACAUGUUCACAGUAGAAAUAGAGCCAGUGGAGAGGGAGGAGGCACCCUACGAGCUCCCGCUGUGGAUCAUCAUCUCUGCAGCUGUAGCGGGAAUUCUCCUGCUGGGAAUAAUCAUUCUUAUACUAUGGAAGUGUGGCUUCUUCCAGCGAGCCAACAGGAGGGAGAUGUAUGAGGCCAAAGCCCAGAAGGCUGAGAUGAAGAUCCAGCCCUCUGAGACAGAGAGGCUGACUGAGGACUACUGAGGCCCCCAGGGGUCCCCCAACAGCACACACCAGUGGGGCUUUAGGCUUGGAUUCUUCAAGCGAGCCGUCUACUACCGGAUAAUGCCAAAGCACCAGGGGGUGAAAAUUCGCAAGGCUGAGCGCUAUCAGUUCAAUCUGGGAUUUCAGCCUGAGGAGCCACAGAAAAAGUAUUGGAUCACCAACUGGACAGAAAUGCAGCAUUACUACUACUGAGGCCUUUUACUUUGGGCCCUGAACCACUCAGCGUCACAUUGGUUUGACACAGGCCACACAAAGAACAAUGGGCUCGGUCCAGCCACAUGGACUUUGCACUGCAUGGACCAACUGUGGAUAGUGCUUUCCUUUUUUUUUAUUUUUUUUUUUUACUUUAAGUAGAUUUCAUCAAUUUUUUUCAGUGCAAUAUACUGAACAGUUUGUUUCAGAGAUUGUAAUUUGUUAAGUAUUUUUCAUGAAUGCAGUGUUUGAAUCGGGGUUGCAUUCAGGAGUAAAUUGUAAAUGGUUCUGAUUACGGUGUUUGCAUGUAUGUUUCCAUUUUUUUUUCCCUUUCUGAAUCAUCCAAGCAAAGUUGCUGGUCAUUCAUCAUGCUAAUUUCCACCAUGUCUGUUUUCCUCUCUAAUCAGAGGAGUGAGUCUAUUGAUCUUCUCUGUGAUUGUGUUUGUCUUAUCCUGCUCUGUCCCCAGGCAUCACUUUGUGGUCGGCGGCUGUAGGCUAUGUACGGGAUUUGAACCUACGUCAGUCUUUCAGGAGAUUGUUUUUCAAACUGCACUAAGAAUAUGUUGACCAGCAUCGAGCAUCUUUAUUUGAAUAUUACUGUUUGGCAAACAUUACAAAGACUAGCAUUUCUUAUGGUUUUGGCACCGAACUCCAAAAAGUGUUUUACAGGCUACGUAGAAAAAAUAUUCCCCUGGUUUCAGGGAAUAAAUACAGAAAGGUACGGAAAAAAAGUGCCAUUCAUUGGUUAAUAAGACAUUUUAUAGCCCAGCUUGAUACACUUUAAUUUGCCCACAUUAAACUCCAUGCAUAAGUCAUCCAAGCACCCCUGCAACACAUUGAAAAGCAAUAGCUUCUUGUCUGUAUGUAGAUUUAGCCAACAUAUGUUGAUGAGAUGGUGGGAGCACACUUGAUUAUUAUUUAUUACACUGUCUUGUGUUAUUACAGUAAAGAACGUAUCUUUAAAAAAUAUCACAAACAGGGAGUCACGACACUGGAGUAAAUAAUACAUGACGGUAUAUACUGUAUGUCUGGAGACUGUAAGCUCUAGCAUACAUAGUUAUGUUAUGAAUUGUACAUAGUGACAAGUUACAGUGAAUUGACUUAUCUGAAUGAAUGGAAAUGUCAUUGGCCUUUGUCGUUCCUCUGUCCCGAAGCUUUGUAUUUUUGUAUGAGACAGUAAAAUGACACUUGGAUUGUUUCCAAGCCAUUGUGGCCCCCAUUGAGGUCAAUCUGCAGCACUGAAAACAGACUGGACCAGGAGAGGACAGUCACUGAACAGUCUCUGAUGGGACCAAGUGUUGCAUUACCACUCUCGUCCGUGUUACCUGAGAGCCCGCAGGUUGUGACUGUGACAGAGGCUCCUUUGACUCUGUGAGUAAAGAGGGAAAGGCUGAAACCAAUGCACAAACUCUGUUCUCUGUCCUGGUGGUUUUUCUUUUUUUACUGUGCAGUUUCAAUGUAAUUAAAUUGUUUUUACCAAC